GGCUGCGGGUUCACAACACCGCAGACGACAGCAACAGCCUGCCUACUUCUUGUAUCCGUGGUGAUACGUUAGGGUAAGGUCUGCAUUGGAAUAGCAGCCAUGGAAAGAAGCAUGAAUUUUGAUGAGAUUCUUUCUCAUAUUGGGGGCUUUGGCAAGUUCCAGAAGAGCCUGUAUGUGUGGAUUUGCCUCCCGCAGAUCCUGCUGGCGUUCCACAUGCUGAUAUCCAUAUUCACAGGGGCCGUCCCCCCUCAUCUCUGUCGCUCCACCAACACCACCUGGCCCUUGACCGCCAGCUCAGACCCUCCCAAUUUCAACUUCAGCCUGGUGACCGGCCCAGAAGGUGACCCAGGCCGGUCCUGCUCUGCCCCUGGGGGGAUCCCUGGCACCCCGCUGGCCCAGCUGAAUCACAGCACUGCCCUGGCCCUUAGUGACAGCCACGCCACUGAGGGUUGCCAAGGGGGAUGGGAAUUCAGCAAGGAGACCUUCCACAGCACCGUGGCAACCGAGUGGGAUCUGGUGUGUGACCACGCCAAUCUAAACAAUGUUGGUUCCUCAAUCUACAUGUUUGGUCUUCUGGUUGGCGCUGUGCUGUUUGGUUUCUUAGCUGAUAAGUAUGGACGCAGGAACAUAAUCCUGGUUGGUUUGACUAUCCAGUCAACCUGUGGGGUCGGAGCUGCGUUUGCCCCAAAUUUCUACGUGUAUGUUUUCCUGCGCUUUGUUGUUGGAACCACUAUUUCUGCUGUCAUCAUGAACGCAUUUGUUUUAGGCACAGAGUGGACAGGAUCAAAGCACCGCAUGCUAGCUGGGAUCAUCACCGACUACUUCUUUGGGUUUGGCUACAUCAUCCUGGCAGGCCUGGCCUACCUCAUCCGAGACUGGCGUAAACUCCAGCUGGCCAUCUCAGCACCAGGCUUCCUCUUCAUCUUCUACAUUUGGGUCCUACCAAAGUCGGCUCGGUGGCUGAUGGCCAACCAGAGGUACGAGGAGGCCAUGGAUCUGGUCAGGAAAGCAGCUCUGAUGAACGGCAAACCCCUGCGGGAGGACAUAGAGAUAUGUCAGGGGUACAAAGACAUGGUGAAGAUAGAGGAGAGGACAAAGCACACAGUCAUUGACCUGGUCCGAACUCCAAAAAUGAGGAGGAGCUCAUUGAUCAUGUUUUACCUGUGGUUUGUCAACGUGCUGGUCUACUAUGGCCUGUCCCUCAACAUCUCUGACUUUGGGAUGAGCAUCUACCUGACCCAGCUGAUCUUUGGCCUGGUGGAGAUGCCUGCUCGCACCAUCACUCUCUUCACCCUCAACCGCUCCAGGAGGGUAUCCCAGAUAGCCUUCCUCACUGUGGGAGGCCUAGCCUGCCUGCUCACUGUCUUCAUUCCCGAUGAUCUCUCCAUUAUUAGAACAAUCCUGGCCAUGGUGGGAAAGUUUGGGAUCACCGCCUCCCUGUCCAUAGUCUACGUCUAUUCAGCAGAGGUUUUCCCUACUGUCAUAAGGCAGAGUGGGAUCGGUAUGGGCUCCAUGUGUGCCCGGGCAGGGGGAGUCCUGGCCCCAAUCAUCUACCUGUUGAGGGGUGUCAGUAAGAAGGCUCCAAUGGUUCUGUUUGGCCUGUGUACUCUGCUAGGGGCAGCCCUCACCCUGCUGUUGCCUGAGACAGUCCACCAGCCCCUGGCUGACAACAUCCAGGAUGUGGAGGGAUCCAGCAUCAGUGAGGACUCAGAGGAAGGGAACAUGAAACCAGACCUCUAUGAGGAAUGUCCAACAAGGAACCCAGACAUCAUAAACGGAAGAACUUAGAGUGGGACAAGCCACCAGUCCGCACCGGAUGACGUCUACGUGGAAAGACCAUUAGCCCAAGGAACUCAACUGUGCAUUGUAAGCUAUCUGCUAAGAGCGCUUGAACAUAGUUGUAGCUCGUAUAGCUAUUUCCUAUUUCGUACAUAAGACAAUGAUGUCACUUAACUGACAUGUUUAUACAGUUUUGCUUUAUAUUGCAAAAAUGUUAUUUUGUUGUGAAAAGAUGUACAGUAUAUAGAUUUUUAUGGUGACUAUCAGUUCAUAUAUUGGUUGAUAAUGAAGUACAGUAGAAACAGUUCAUUUAUGCACCAAAUAUAAUUUCUUAGCUUCUGUAUACAAUGAGUGUACAAAACAUUAGGAACACCUGCUCUUUCCAUGACAGACUGACCAAGUGAAUCCAGGUGAAAGCCAUAUUGAUGUCACCUGUUAAAACCACUUCAAUCGGUGUAGAUUAAGUGGAGGAGACAGGUUAAAGAAGGACUAUGAAGCUUUGAGACAAUUGAGACAUGGAUUGUGUAUGUGUGUCAUUCAGAGGUGAAUAGGCAAGACAAAAUAUUUCAGUGCCUUUGAACUGGGUAUGGUAGUAGGUGCCAUCCAGCCACGCUUUUGACACCUUGGAGAGUCCUGGUCCUGACGAAUUAAGGAUGUUCUUAGGGGAAAAGGGGGAGCAAGUCAAUAUUAGGAAUAGGAUAUUAUAAUGUUUUGAACACUCAGUGUAUACUGUCAUGGACACACCUUUGUGUGGUUCGAAUAGCUUUGUGCUCUUUUUAUCCAAAUAUUUUUCCUGGUGCUUCCUGAACCGGAACUCACUCCCCCGUCCCUUCCAUGUCUGUUAUCGAGUAGGUCUUCCUGAGUGCCUGUCCUAUCAGUUUACACACCCCUACAGCACCGCUCAUACCUAACAGGUUCACCUUGAGAUAUGAACUCAGUUCCAGCCAGCAAAUGCCUCAUCAUGCAUUGUGAUUUCAUAUAAAGACCCAACUGUCCACACUGUGAAAGAGCAGAGAGAACCAAUUAUGCAAAAUAUCACACAUAUGCAAGUUGAAUAGGGAACCAUUUUUUCUAUUUGAUAAUAAACUCUGUGAAUUUUGUAUUUGACACUC